UGUUAUCGCUAUCAGCUCGCCCGCACAAAACUGACGUAACAUUCGGCCCCACUCGCGUGGUAAAAACAGCUUUUAACUCCCGUAAAAAUCAUCCCCCCUAAAAUGAUCCGGCUGAAUGGGCUGUUAAGGAGCUCCUCGAAGGUGCUGCGCAGCCAGGUGCGCUUGCUCCACGUGGGCGAGGCCAAUGUUCUGCCCAGCGAGGUGGACAAACAGUCCGCCGAAUACAAGGAAAAUGCCAGCGAGAUGGGGAGAUUGGUUGGAGAGCUGCGCAACUUCACCAGCCAGGUGUUGCAGGGCGGCGGGCAGAAGGCCAUCGAGCGUCACACCUCGAGGGGCAAACUCCUGGCCAGGGACCGCAUCAACCUGCUCCUGGACAGAGGAUCGCCCUUCCUGGAACUAAGUGCUUUGGCCGGACACGAGUUGUACGGCGAGGAGGUGGUCAACUCCGGCGGAAUCGUGACCGGAGUGGGACGCGUUUGUGGGACGGAGUGUUUGGUAGUGGCCAACGAUGCCACGGUAAAGGGCGGAAGCUACUAUCCCAUCACCGUGAAGAAGCAUCUGCGCGCCCAGGAGAUCGCCCAAGAAAACCGUCUGCCCUGUAUCUACCUAGUGGACUCGGGUGGCGCUAACCUACCGCGCCAGGCGGAAGUCUUCCCAGACAAACUGCACUUCGGACGCAUCUUCUAUAACCAGGCGAACAUGUCGGCCCAGGGAAUUCCCCAGAUCGCCGUAGUCAUGGGCAGCUGCACGGCUGGCGGAGCCUACGUGCCGGCAAUGGCCGAUGAGAGCAUCAUUGUGAAGAAGCAGGGAACCAUUUUCCUCGCUGGCCCGCCAUUGGUGAAGGCAGCCACUGGAGAGGAGGUGUCCGCAGAAGAUUUGGGAGGUGCGGACCUGCACUGCAAGACCUCGGGAGUCACGGACCACUACGCCGUGGACGACGAGCACGCAUUGUAUCUGGCUCGGCAGAUUGUGAGCAACCUGAAUCUGCCCGCCACGAAUGCCUACAACGAUCAGCUAGUUCACUCCAGCCAGGACUGCUUUCAGGGUGCUAAUCCGCCAGCUGUCAUAGAGGAGCCGCGUUACGAUCCCCGCGAGCUGUACGGCAUUGUGGGCCCCAACCUCACCAAGAGCUUCGACGUUCGCGAGGUGAUUGCCCGCAUCGUAGACGGAAGUCGCUUCACGGAGUUCAAGAAGCUGUACGGCGAGACCUUGGUGUGCGGAUUCGCGAAGCUCUAUGGCCACACGGUGGGAAUAGUCGGAAACAAUGGAGUGCUCUUCUCGGAGAGCGCCCUUAAGGGUGCCCAUUUCAUUCAGCUGUGUGCACAGCGCAAGAUACCUCUGGUCUUCCUGCAAAACAUUACAGGUUUCAUGGUGGGACGCGACGCUGAGGCGAAUGGUAUUGCCAAGAACGGAGCCAAGAUGGUCACAGCCGUGGCCUGCGCCAAUGUGCCCAAGUUCACGGUGAUAAUCGGCGGAUCCUACGGUGCCGGCAACUACGGCAUGUGCGGGCGGGCCUACUCGCCGCGGUUCCUCUACAUGUGGCCAAACUCCCGCAUCUCCGUGAUGGGAGGCACACAGGCGGCUAAUGUUAUGGCUCAGAUCACCCAAGACCAGCGCAAGCGAGCUGGCAAGGAGUUCAGCGAAGAGGAAGCCCAAAGGCUUAAGGCACCCAUUGUUGAAAUGUUCGAGGCGGAGGGUUCACCGUACUACAGUACGGCUCGCCUAUGGGAUGACGGCAUCAUCGAUCCGGCCAACACCCGCCAGGUCCUGGGCCUCAGCCUAAAGGCAGCCGUUAACAAUGCUGGCCAGGACACCAAAUUUGGUGUCUUCCGCAUGUAAAUUUGAUUUGCUUGCGAAUGAAGGGAACUCUGGAUGCAUUUAAAGGCAUUUAAUGCCAGCCGUUAUGUCGAAACUGUUGCAUUUAUUAGCGUUAAGUAAUUUGUUAAUCGUGUAAUUUACCACCAAGUGUUUAUUUAAAAAAAAGUCGAGGAACAGGUCGUGAACGUAAGUGUAGAAUACUUACUCAAUGGGAUCAGAUAAUUGUAAAUCAAUGUGUUACUGAAACAGUUAAUGUUUUUUUUGUAAUCCUUAAAAAAUUAUACAUUUAUCCGAAACGUACGAUAAAUUUAUCCAUAUUUACUGAUUUUAAAAUUAACAGUGUUUAUUUUUUGUAAUAUUCCAAGUCUAAAAACGGAACUGCAUUUAUUAGUAUUAAGAAUGAUUUUUUUAGUAAAUUCAUUGUUAUAUGGUAAUUGUACUCCUUCUUUUUAUAUUUCGUGAAUAGCUAAUAAUAACAAAGCUUACUUAACUGAUUAUUUGCCGCUUUUGAUAAGAGUGUUGCUAGUUCUGGAAGUAAGGGUAGUAGUACCCCUCGUAUUUAUGUUCUUCGAAAACUGUUGUUUGAAUUUUUUAAUUAAAUAAAUGUUUAGUCGAAUGCCCUAAA